AUGGUCCUCUUACUCGCAUGGUUGGCUCUGAUCGACGUGGUUACUGGUCUAACCUACAAGGGAUGCUAUUCAUCUGUUCCCGGUCUUGUGUCUCAGGGUACUUAUAUCUAUCAGACGUCCUCAUACUGCCAGAGCAUUUGCUCUGAUAGCUAUGUGGUGGCUUUAAAGGAUGGAGGAGAUUGUUACUGCGGUGAUACACUUCCUACGGGUGAUUCGGAUGAUGAUUUGUGUGCUGUAUCGUGCUUUGGUUAUUCUUCCGAGACAUGUGGAGGUUCUGAUUCUUAUACUGUGUAUACGAAUGAUGAGAAUCAGGCCAAUGAGGUGAACGCUUCAAAGUCUACUGAUUCUACUGCCACAGCAUCCUCAGACUCUUUGAGCUCAAACAACAACAAGUCGUCCUCAUCGCACAAACUCAGUGGUGGUGCAAUUGCCGGCAUUGUCAUGGGUUGUAUAGUGGGAGCGGCCCUACUAGGCAUUGCAUUGUUCUUCUGCAUUUGGAGAAGACGCCAGGAUGAUGAAUACUCGUAUGAGGAAAAGUCAGAAAACGAUAUUUCACCUAUUCUGCGUGAUUCUGUCAGUGAUGACUAUCCAACACCUCCUUCUUUGGGCAUUAAACGAUUCAGCAAUGGUUCCCUUCCCGACGCUGCUAUAGAUGGGCAGAGAAGAGAACUUAGGGUGAUUAAUCCUGAUGUUGCCGACACAGUUAGUGGCUUACAUAGAGUAUAA